AGCAGCAGUCGUUUAUGUUCAGUCCAUCAAAGAGCACUUGGAGCAGAAGACAGACCAUGUGGCUUCAGCAGAGGUUAAAGGGGCUGCCUGGUUUGCUCUCGAGCAGCUGGGCCCGCCGUGUCUUGGUUGGAUUACUGCUCUUCCUCAUUUUCUACUGGUACUUGAGCUCAGAUGGGCUCCUGAGGUUUCUCAGCAUGUCCAGGGAGUCUGGAGGAGCUGCGGGGGUUUGUUUGCAGACUGAUCUUCACAGGUGGGUGUCGUUGGUGGACCGAGGGGAGGGAGUGGUUCUCACCCCCCAGACCAAAGAAACCGUCCCGUUUGUGGUCGGUAAUGGACAUUUUCUGGUGGAUGUGGACUCUAACAAACUCUGGGUAGCUUCAUCUUCACAGCCUGGCUCCGCACCGGUUCACCAAACAGACUAUGGACCGAUUGUGCGAUUGCAGUUGCCGGGAUCGCACUCAGAAGCCCGGGGAAUGAUGCUGUGGUACAGAAAAGGCUCUGUUCUGUCCUCCCGGUGCAUCCUGACAGCGUCUUCUCACGACUGCGUCAUCAUACGAGAGGAGUUUGUUGCGCAUCGCAGUCGACCCAAUGUUUAUCUUCAGAGGAUUCACAUAUCAAACCCUACAGACCGUCCGCUUUCGGUUGACCUGGCCACGGAGUCUCUGUCGUUUAGGAGCACCGUGGAGAAGAUGGAGGAAAAGGAGCUAGUGCUCUCCUCAGGCCGGGUGCUCACGGAAAAGAAGGACACUGUGUUGGUGGUGGUGGCCACAAAGAAGCUGAGCACCAAGAUCCAGGUUCCUGCCAAAUCUGAAUACUCAGAAAACCUGGUGAGCGUGAUUCACACCUCGGAGCCCACCGAGGGCGGGAAACUGGACGAG